AGCGAUGACGAGCAACAAAUCCCACAACUGCUGCAACUGGCAAGCAACUGUUCGAGAAGAGAGCUUCUGUCGACUGUACUACCGUAGCUAGUAGACCAAGGAUACAAGAGACAAACAAGAUGACAGAAUCCUUCUUGACCCAAGAUGGUACCAGUAGCCAUGAAGAAUCAUUCCUCAAGAUUUGGUUGACACGAAUUGUCGUGACGGCAGCGAUUGCCAUGGUGUUGGAGUACCUGAUGGGAACGGCGAAAGGUCCAGCUCAAGAGGCACCAUACCAAAAAGAAGAAGAAGAAGAGGUCAUGACCAUGCAAUACACAGAGUUAAAAGGGCCAAGCCUUGUAGAAGAGGAACCAGAAAAUGACAUUGUUGAUGCUGAUGAUGCUGACCAAACGGAUGAAAAUGAACAAAUAGACGACAAUCGUGAUGACAAAAUAAAUGACACAGCCUUAGAAAAGGAAGACAGAACACAAGAGGACUCCACACAAGAUGAACAGGAAGAAAGCGAGGAUCCAGACGAAAAUGGAGACCUUACGAACGAAGAAACAGAUUCCAAUGGCGUUAGCAGCGCAGCCAACGAAACAGAAACAAACAAUGGGAAUACUAGUACCGGUACCGGUAGUGCCACCCCGGUUGUGGAAGAGGCUCCCAAACCCAUCCAAUUCCGAAACAAAUCCAUUUAUCAUCCUGGAAUGGAAGGUUUCCAUCGCUGGUAUGACGUUGAAACCAGUUUAUUUCGACAAUACAAUGUUGGAAGGACCGACGGCGUGGACGUAAUUCCUCCGUACGUUCCCAAGAGUCGCAAUGGACAAGUAAAAGUGGCCCUGAGAGUCACGAAUCAUUACUCCAUGAAAAUCAAUGUAUACUGGAUCAACUACCAGGGACGUGAAGAUUUCAAAGGAUCCAUUUCCAGAGGAGAAACAUGGUAUCAAACAACCUACGUCGAACAUCCCUGGGUAUUUCGAUUGGCAGAUUCGGGGGAGCCAGAAGAGCCACUCCUGGUGCAUUACAUUCCAGAGCGUGUCAUUCCUCAUUUGGACGAAGUGCCAACUAUUGAAGACGAACAUCCCAUGGUGGGUGUCCAGCGAUUCAACAUUACUGGUCCUACUCCGGAAGCUCUUCGAGAUUCCUACAUUUGUAGCAUUGACGAUGCCGUCAUACCACAUCCGGCCAAGCAUCACUUCCACAAUCCCAACCAGGCGCAUACGUGGACCUUGCUGCAAAUGAAAAGACUAUCGUACUUUGAUUACAAUCCGGGAGCCACCAUGUUGAUGAAAUACUUGAAAAACAUUGCCAUGGAUCCAGACAAUUCAAGCUACCGACGUAUUCGUAUUUCCAACAAGAAAUUUGCCCAGGGUAUUUGGCUCACCCCGGCACGUGGGCUACUAUUGGCGGCAGGAUUUGUGGAGCAACAGGCAUUUGCCGAGUUGGGCACUGCCAAGCCACUGUCCAGUGGGUUAGUACAAGAUAUUUCGUUGGUGCUGCACAGACUGGAACAGUGUUUGACGGAGUUGAGUCAACAAGCGGACUUGGCACCGAGAGAGCAGCCCGAUGGGGCCGAUGGAUCUGGGAGGGCAGGAUUUCGAAGACUAUGAUGAUUGUUUGGUUGGGAUCUUUACAAAGUGGAUGACUGACUGCUCCUGAACUGUGUUGCCAUGAGCCCAGCCAUACCAGCUAUCAAAGCCAGUAGGGGUACCGUAAAGGCAGCAAAGCCCACAGAGGGCGAAGGUGCUUCAUCUUUUGGCAUAGCUACAGCAAUAAAACAAACGUUGCAAUAAAGUACUAGCUAUUAAAGUUACACAUUCGAUC